CAUUCAACUCAAGCACUUAGAAAAAUUAGAGAGUGACUAAUAUAAUGGCUAGAUCAACAGCUCACUUAGUUGUGGGUUUGGGAAUUGUGUUGCUAAUGUUUAUAAUAGCAAUGGUAGAAGCAACUCCCCCUGGUAUAGCUGAUCAUCCAAGCCAUUCUCAUUGCUCAGAUGAUGAGAUAAAGCAAUGUAAAAAUCUUCCACAUGUUUGUCCUAAAUUCUGUCUCAAUGGCUGCAUAACUGAGUGUCGAUCUUGCAAGCCUAUCUGUAUUGAUGGCUCAGUGCCACCUCCUGAUGAUCAUGGUUCGUCAAAACCGCCACCAUCAUCUCCUCCAAAGGAAAAAACUCCUCCAUCCCCAUCUCCUCCUAAGGAAACAACUCCACCACGUUCACCUCCUCCGAAAGAAAAGACUCCACCACAUGAUGGUGAUGAUCACGAUCAUGAUGGUGAUGGUGAUGAUCAUGAUCAUGAUGGCGAUGAUCAUGGUUCAGGAUCUAACACUGGCCCACCUCCACCACCUUCGUAUCCUCCUAAGGAAAAAACUCCACCACCCUCAUUAUCACCCCCAUCUCCUCCUAAGGAAACACCUCCACCACAUUCACCUCCUCCCAAGGAAAAGACUCCACCACAUGAUGGUGAUGAUCACGAUCAUGAUGGUGAUGGUGAUGAUCAUGAUCACGAUGGUGAUGAUCACGAUCAUGAUGGUGAUGGUGAUGAUCAUGAUCACGAUGGUGAUGAUCAUGGUUCAGGAUCUAACACUGGCCCACCUCCACCACCUUCGUAUCCUCCUAAGGAAAAAACUCCACCACCCUCAUUAUCACCCCCAUCUCCUCCUAAGGAAAAGACUCCACCACAUGAUGGCGAUGACCACGAUCAUGAUGGUGAUGAUGAUGACCACGAUCAUGAUGGUGAUGACCAUGAUCAUGAUGGUGAUGAUGAUGACCACGAUCAUGAUGGUGAUGACCACGAUCAUGAUGGUGAUCAUGGCUCAGUAUCUCCUCCUAAGGAAUCAACUCCGCCACCAUCUCCUCCCAAAGAAGUAAUUCCACCACCAUCUCCGCCCAAGGAAACAACUCCACCACCACCAUCUCCGCCCAAGGAAACAACUCCACCACCACCAUCUCCUCCCAAGGAAUCAACUCCACCACCUCCCAAAGAAGUAACUCCACCACCACCCUCUCCUCCCAAUGAAGCAACUCCACCACCCUCAACUCCUCCUAAGGAAACAACUCCACCGCCUUCUUUGCCACCCUCAUCUCCUCCUAAGGAAGCAACUCCUCCACCCUCAUCAGAUUCUAAUUCUGCUCCACCUCCCGAUCAAUCUGAUUCUUCAGGUGACCACAAAUAUCCUCCCCCAACUCCUUAUUCUCCUCCUCCUCCUCCACAGGAGACAACUCCACCUUCAUCUUCACCACCGUUACCACCAUCUUCUCCUCCACCACCGUCAUCUGGUUCUCCACCCCCUCCUACGUAUCCAUCACCCACUCCUAAACCACCCACACCAAGGAAGUCCAAGUGCAAGAACAAAUACUACCCCAGUUGUUAUGCUGUCCAACAUGAAUGCCCAAGCUCUUGCCCUACAAGUUGUCAAGUUGAUUGUGUCACCUGCAAGCCCGUUUGUAAGUGUGACAAGCCUGGAGCAGUUUGUCAAGAUCCACGUUUUAUUGGUGGAGAUGGAAUUACUUUCUACUUCCAUGGCAAGAAGGACAAAGAUUUUUGCUUAGUCUCAGACCCUGAAUUCCACAUCAAUGCUCACUUCAUAGGAAGAAGAAACGAAAACAUGAAAAGAGAUUUCACUUGGGUACAAUCUAUUGGUAUCCUUUACGAUACUCACAAAAUCUCAAUCGGUGCACUAAAAACAUCAACAUGGGAUGAUUCUAUCGAUCGUCUCGCUCUCCACUUCAACAAUGAAGCUAUAUUCCUACCUGAAAAUGAAGGUGAAAGAUGGCGAUCUGAAACUAUACCUAUGAUCUCUAUUACUAGAAUCAGUAACACUAAUGAAGUUGUCGUCGAAGUUGAAAAUGUUCUCAAGAUCACAGCUAAGGUUGUGCCUAUUACACAACAUGAAUCUCGAGUUCAUAACUAUGGCAUAACUAAUGAUGAUUGCUUUUCUCAUCUUGAACUUGGGUUCAAGUUUGUUUCUCUAAGUGAUCAAGUGAGUGGUGUUUUAGGGCAAACUUAUAGGAGAGACUAUGUGAGCAAAGUUAAGAUGGGUGCUUUAAUGCCUAUAAUGGGAGGUGACAAAAAUUUUGCAACUUCAAGUCUUUUUGAUGCUGAUUGUACUGUGGCUAGGUUUCAAGAAAGUGGAAAGCAGUUUGGUAAUAAGGGUUUGUUGAAUUUGGAGUUGCCAAGUUUGAGUUGCAAUAGUGGGAUUUAUGGACGUGGAGUUGUAUGCAAGCGUUAGAAUUAUUUCAAGAUACUUAUAUCAAAAUAUGGUUGUAAUCCAAUAAAAAUGGAGAUUCUUUAAUAAUGGUGCUAAACAGUAAAUGAGUUUGGACCAAAAAAAAAAUAAUGUUCUUAUGUCAUUUCUUCAAUAAGAUUUUGUUGCUUUUUCAAGAA